AUGUUUCCUGUUAAAUCGGUGAGGUUACCACGUAUCAUUAUUGGUUUUCGAAAUCUGUUCUACAAUACGUCUGCAGCAGACACCAAAAAGCGAAGGACAUGGAUCACCUAUUCGUUGCUGGUCUUUCCUGCUACCGCAUUCGCUUUGGGAUUUUGGCAAAUUCGUAGAAGAAAGUGGAAAAUUGAAUUAAUUGAAACACUAAGUGCACGAAUUCCUGCUAAGCCUAUAACCUUACCACAGAAUGUUGUUUCUAGCCUCGAACUUCCUGAAUUUACUCAUGUUUCAGUUCGAGGCCAUUUCGAUCACUCUCGCGAAGUGAUUAUUGGACCACGUUCGUUAAUUGAAGAUAUGAUACCUCCUACAGGUUACGGGAGCGAGUGGGCAUCAAAAUCACGGCAUAACUUAAUACGGUCACCUAUAUCAAUUCCGUCUUCUCCUGGUUACUUUGUUGUAACACCAUUCUUUCUAGAGAAUAAACCUGGGACUUCUAUACUUGUGAACCGCGGAUGGGUCCCAUUCGGUGCGCGUGAUCCGACGAUUCGACCCAACGGACAGGUCAAAGGAAUAGUGGAAUUAUCGGGUUAUGUGCGGUAUCCAGAAAAGCCACCAAUUCGAAUCUUUGGUACAAAAAUUAAAAAUCUUAUCUGCCUAGACGAAAACCAAAAUCCUCAUAUUCGUUAUUCUUGUCGAAAUAUUGAGAAAAUGUGUGAUGAUCUGAAAACGCUACCAAUAUUUGUGGAUGCUGAUUAUGAGUCUAGCAUUGUUGGUGGUCCAGUAGGCGGACAAACCCGAGUCGCUUUGCGUAAUGAGCAUGCGUCAUAUAUUUUCACUUGGUUCUCUCUAGGCAUAACUGGUCUUGGAAUGUGGAUAUAUUUUUUCAUUAUGUGA